AUGUAGAUAAAAUAGUUAAAGAUUUUUUGUGUAGUAAGCUAGUUGUGUUUUGUGUUAUCUCAUUAUGAAGUCCUCAGACACUGUUAUCUUUCAGAGAGGAUGGGAAUAAAAGUAACAGAAUUUCUUUGAUUAAUUUAUAUUUGAGGCUUCUGAAGUAAGCACAAAAAGGAGAACAUCAACUGAAAACAACGAGCCAUGUGAGAAGAAGACCAAGUCACUACAAAGUACUAUGGAUGACAUCUGUAAUCCAAUGAAGACUCAGGAUAAAAAAGACCUUCUGACGUAUGAAAAGCCCCGCAUAUGUCUGCAAACUCUAGACAGACUGAGAGAAUUCUACUGUGAUUCAGAUCAGCCAUGUAACAGAGUCCAAGAAGACAGUUUUCGGGAGAAACAAUCAUUGAUUUUGGAGAAGUGCCCCAAUAUUACUGGGAGAAGUCUGGAACUGAAGAACCCUCUUCAGUAUGGGGACACUAGCCCAAAGGUUGCUCAGAAGGAGGAGCCACACUGUGAUCUUAGCCAGUUUUCUGCAUCCUUUAGAAACUAUGAAACUACUUCAGACAUAAAUCUCAAUAAGAGAACCAAAACCAUUUACACUCCACUGGAACUUCAAUUCAUAGAAAUGAAGAAACGAUAUAAAGAUGCUAUUUUGUGUGUGGAGUGUGGAUACAAAUAUCGCUUCUUUGGAGAAGAUGCUGAGAUUGCAGCUAAAGAGCUAAACAUUUGCUGUCAUCAAGAUCAUAACUUUAUGACAGCCAGUAUACCAACUCACAGACUGUUCGUCCAUGUGCGACGACUUGUAGCAAAAGGACAUAAGGUUGGAGUAAUAAAACAAAUGGAAACUGCAGCACUGAAGGCUGCUGGAGACAGUAAAAGCUCCCUCUUCAGCCGGAAACUGACUGCUCUCUAUACAAAGUCUACACUUAUUGGAGAAGAUGUGAACCCUUUGCUGAAGUUAGAUGAUUCUGUAGAUGUUGAAGAGGUAACUACAGAUGUCCCUGAUAACUACCUCCUCUGUAUUUGUGAAAAUGGAGAAAAUGCAAAAAACAGAAAGAAAGGUGACAUUCUUAUGGGUGUUAUGGCAAUCCAACCAACUACAGGAGAAGUUGUUUUUGACAGUUUUUGGGAUUGUGCAUCUCGCUUAGAAUUAGAGAGUCGGUUUUUACGCCUGCAGCCAGUUGAACUAAUACUUCCAUCCAGCUUGUCAGAUCAAUCUGAAAAGCUCAUCAACAGUGUAACCUCCAUGAGUUUAACUUGCAUUGUUGCUGUUGGCUCCUUUAUCAUAAAUCCUAGCUUGGAAGGUCCUCAAAAACUAUCUGUAAUACUAAGCUUGGAUAAGCCUAUUAUUUGUGCUCUGGCAGCAGUAAUUGCAUACCUCAAAGAAUUUAAUUUGGAAAAGAUGCUUUACAAUCCAAGCAAUUUCAAACAGUUGACAAGUGAAACUGAAUACAUGACAAUUAACGGGACAACAAUGAAAAAUCUUGAAAUUUUACAGAAUCAGACUGAUUUGAAAACAAAAGGAAGCCUCCUUUGGGUCUUGGAUCAUACUAAAACUUCCUUUGGUCGUCGGAGACUGAAGAAAUGGGUAACUCAACCGCUCAUGAAAUCCAGUGAAAUAAAUGCCCGGCUUGAUGCUGUGUCUGAAAUUCUCCUGUCAGAAUCCAACGUGUUUGGCCAGAUUCAGAAUCUUCUUUGUAAGCUGCCAGAUUUAGAGAGAGGUCUCUGCAGUGUUUUUCACAAAAAGUGUUCAACCCAAGAGUUCUUCUUGAUUGUCAGCACUCUGUCUCGUCUGGACUUGGAAAUUCAAGCUCUUGUUCCAGCCAUACAUUCUCAUGUGAAAUCUCCUCUGUUACAAAAUGCACUGCUGGAAAUCCCAGAACUUCUCUCCCCAGUAAAACAUUAUUUAAAGAUUCUUAAUGAAGAAGCUGCUAAGACUGGAGAUAAAACCCAACUAUUCAAAGACCUUACAGAUUUCCCUGUCAUCAGAAAUAAAAAGGAAGAGAUUCUGGAUGUGCUGUCUAAAAUCCAAUUACAUCUUCUGGAAAUUCGUGAACAAAUUAAGAAUCCUUCUGCAGAGUAUGUUACAGUUUCUGGUCAAGAGUUUUUGGUAGAAGUAAAAAAUUCCCGUAUAUCAUCUGUGCCAUCUAACUGGGUUAUGGUUAGUAGCACAAAAGCUGUCAGCCGUUUCCACUCUCCUUUUAUUAUAGAAAAUUACAGACAUCUCAAUCAGCUUCGGGAGCAGCUAGUCCUUGACUGUGGUGCUGAAUGGCUGCAUUUUCUAGACCAUUUUAGUGAGCAUUAUCACCCUGUAUCUAAAGCGAUUGGUCACCUAGCAACUAUCGACUGUCUGUUCUCAUUGGCACAGGUGGCUAAACAAGGAGACUACUGCAGACCAGUUGUGAAAGAUAAUCAGCAAGAAAUAGUUAUAAAAAAUGGCAGGCACCCUGUGAUCGAUGUAUUACUGGGAGAACAGGAUCAAUAUGUUCCAAACACCACUAACCUAUCAAGAGAUGGUGAAAGGGUCAUGAUAAUAACUGGACCUAACAUGGGAGGAAAGAGCUCCUAUAUAAAGCAAGUUGCAUUGAUCACAGUCAUGGCACAGAUUGGUUCCUAUGUUCCUGCAGAGGAGUCAACAAUUGGCGUUGUGGAUGGUAUUUUUACCAGAAUGGGUGCUGCAGAUAACAUUUACAAAGGCCGAAGUACCUUUAUGGAAGAACUGACAGACACUGCUGAGAUAAUAAGAAAAGCAACUUCAAGAUCACUAGUAAUUUUGGAUGAACUGGGAAGAGGAACUAGCACGCAUGAUGGAAUUGCUAUUGCUUAUGCCACACUUGAACAUUUUAUUACAGAUGUGGAGUCACUAACGUUGUUUGUCACCCACUAUCCUUCAGUUUGUGAGCUAGAAAAAGUUUAUCCAGAAAAAGUUGGUAAUUACCAUAUGGCUUUCUUGGUGAAUGAGGAAGAAAGUGCUGAACAGAAAGGAUCUGAAGAGGAAGAGAAUCCUGAAUUUAUCACUUUUCUUUAUCAAAUAACUAAAGGAGUCACUGCAAGAAGCUAUGGGCUAAAUGUUGCCAAACUGGCAGAUAUUCCUGAAGAAAUCUUGAAGAAGGCAGCUCACAAAUCAAAGGAGUUAGAGAGACUGGUGAAUAUGAAAAGAAAAAUGCUGAAGUCUUUUGCUGAAGUAUGGAAAAUAAAUGAUUCUCAGGAACUAGAGAAAUGGAGAAAUACGUCUGAACCUGGAGAUGAAAGGACAGAUUUUAAUCCUCAGAUCAUGCUUAAAGAUAGAAAAUACUGCAGAUAGAAAAUUUAAGUCUGGAGAGUAAUAGAUUCUAUCAGUGCGUAUAUAGAUGUAGGUGCAUUAAGUUGGCUUCUCUGCUUUUCCAGAGAUAAAAGAUGCUGGGCUGUGAUAUGGUGCCCUAUAUCCACAUCCACUAUCUGAUCAUAAUUUCCUUACUCCAUAUUCCUUCCCUGAAGGAAUUUUCCUUAAUUGCAAAAUAGUAUUGGAUUAAGUUUAGAAUAUGUAUAGAAAACAUGGAAAAUUAUGUUGGUAACUUAUUAGAUUCAUGUUUUAUAAAUAAAAUAAUGGAUUUUAACUUUAUUGUACUUCAAUUUCUACUGAAAUAAUUCUCUGCAUUGUGAAAAUGUAACUGAAUCCUGACUAUGCUGUACUGAUGUGCAAGUGGGAAGAACAAAUAAUAUAAACUGAUUUUUUUUUCAUUCUAAUGCAUUUAAAAUUGUUUAUGUAAAGCACCCCUUAAGUUUGAUGUACACAAUGAAUUUAAGAAUGUGUGUGUUAUACAGCUGGAUGAGAGAGUCUUACUUCUGCUGAUGACAUUAAUGAUGAUGCAUUGUGUAACUUUCAAAGACACAAAACAUGCACUGAAUGCAUUUCUGCUUCCCUCUCCUUCAUUCUCAUACCUGCCCACUUCCUUUUUACUCCAGAUAUGGUAACAAGAGCUGAAAUGGGUGAUUCAAACUAUGCAAUUCAAACUCCCAGCAUAGAGCUGGAAAAAACAGAAAUAUUUUAAAUUUUUUUAUUUGCAAUUUUCAAGUUUCAAGGAAAUUUCACAUAGGAAUUUGGUGUCCAGAUUGCUGGUUUUUCUUCAUAAAUCCAACUAAGUGGAGCAUCUUGUUAUGAAAAUGAAUAAUGGCAUUCACGUACUUAAUUCUUAGCAAAUAGCUUUUGCUAAUAUAAUAUAAUGUUAUAUUAAAAAAAGUAUUUUAUAAAAUGAAAAGAUUUCAGUAAAAUAUCUAGGUUUCACUAUAAAGAAAAUAAUAAAUUGGGUUUUGUCAUCUUUGAGACA